CCUGUCUUUCGGCGGAGAGGCCACAAUUGUGAAACACGGAGGCAGCAGAACACAAUGGGGACAGGCUGGCGUGGGUCAGCAGGGCUCGGCCUCCAGGUUCUCAUCUGCUCGUCGUUGCUGCUCAACGCCGUCCUCUUCGCGCACCACUUCCUCGGGGUCUCGCCGCCGCCGGCGGAGCGGCUCGGCGUCGGCGUCGGCGAUGGGCUGAGCUGGGCGCUCCAGGCGGCCAGAGAGGCCGAGGCCGUGGCCGCCGUCGACUGCUCCGGCCACGGGAGCGUGUUCCUGGAUGGCGUCACCGGCGAGGACGGGAAGCCCGGGUGCGAGUGCAACACUUGCUUCUCCGGGCCGGACUGCUCCGUCCGGACGCCCAACUGCACCGCCGACGCUGACAGCGGGAACCCGUUGUUCCUUGAGCCGUACUGGAGGCGGCACGCGGCGGCCAGCGCCGUGGUGUUCUCCGGGUGGCACCGCCUGAGCUACACCACCACCGACCUCUUCCAGUCCGUCGAGCUCGUUCGCCACAUCCGCCAGCUGCACAGGGCCGUCGGCAACGCUGUCGUCGACGACAAGCACGUGGUCCUCGCGACCGGCUCCAUGCAGCUGAUCAACGCGCUGGUGUACGCGCUCUCCCCGGAAGGCAACGCCGCCUCACCGCCGGCCAGCGUCGUCGCCACCGUGCCGUAUUACCCGGCGUACAAAUCACAGACCGUCAUGUUCGACGGCCGGGAGUACAGAUGGGACGGGACAACCGCUGCGUGGGCAAACAACGGCUCGCGGAACCCCACCCGGGACUUCAUCGAGUUCGUCACUUCGCCGAAUAACCCCGACACCUCGUUGUGCAAACCCGUCCUGGCCGGCUCGUCGGCGAUCGUCGACCACGCGUACUACUGGCCUCACCUGACGCACAUCCCGGCGCCCGCCGACGAGGACGUCAUGCUCUUCACCACGUCCAAGCUCUCCGGCCACGCCGGCAGCAGAUUCGGGUGGGCGCUGGUAAGGCACGAGAACGUGGCGAAAAGGGCCAAUGACUACAUGCAGCAGAGCACAAUGGGCGCGUCCCGGGACACCCAGCUCCGGAUACUGAAGAUCCUCAAGGUAAUCCUGGCCAACCUGCGCAGCAAGGAGGACAUAUUCGCUUUCGGCUACGCCGUGAUGAGGAGCCGGUGGCGCAGGCUCAACGCCGUCGUGUCGCGGUCCACCCGGAUCUCGCUGCAGAAGAUGCGGCCCCAGUACUGCACUUACUUCAAGCGGACCAAAGAGCCAUCCCCAGCCUACGCGUGGGUGAAAUGCGAGUGGGAGGAGGAUGUCGACUGCUCCCAGACGCUGCUGGCCGCGGGAAUCAUCUCGCGGUCGGGCAUUUCUAACGAGGCUGGCGGUCGCUACACACGGGUGAGCCUCCUCAAGACUGACGACGACUUCGACGUGCUCCUGGAGAGGAUCACCGAAUUUGUCGACGCCGAGAAGCGCAGCAGAGCUCCUGCAGGCUCCAGCUCCAUGUGAAACUGACAAUUCUGAAGGUCGCAAUCUACGUGUACGUAGUUGGCUUGGAUGGCCACUACUGUGCCGGAAUGAUCAGCUGCUAGCUGAUUGUUUCUAGGUAAGGUAAUAAUUAUUAGACAGUAUGGAAAAUCAAGGCCGGAAUGAUCAUCUACGCGUUGAUUAUUCGCUGUGCCAUUCGACGAACAGGCCGGUUAAUAUACAUUGGCGUGCCUUGAGUUAUGUGGAUAUACACAAGCAAUUAGGUGGACAUUUUUAUGUAUUGCCGUGACGAAUAAGUGACUAUGUAAAUAUACAUUUACAACUUAAGGCAAAGUCUACUCCCUCUAUUACAACAUUGAGGUACCAUAUUUUUGAAAUGUUGAUACCUUCGUCUAUUAGGUAUCUAAAAGUACCAAAGUUUAUACUCCAUAU